AUUCAAGACAUUUGACAUCCAUGGGGAUGUGAUACGUUAAAUUGAGCAAACAAUAAUUUGCUAGCAAUUAUAAGAUUAUAUAUAUAAUUUCGUUUACUUUAAAUUAUCAUUAACAAAUAAUUAGUGUUAUUUAGAUAAUAUUGUUAUCACAUAUUGUGUGUACUACGACAACGCUGCCCACAAUUUGAUUAGUUCACCUCUUGAUCAAGUGAUCGAGUGUUAUUUAAUAAUUUACCCUGUGAUCUAAUUUAUUAGACGGCCGAGUUGCGCCGGCAAAGUAUUGAGACUUUGCCAUUUUGUAACUACAUACUAUUAAUAAGAGAAUCAUCUCUCAUAGAAAAUCAUUGUUUAGGUGGCCUGUGAAUUGCGUGCAGUGUGGUGAAACCUAAAAUGCCUCGGGACAUCUUGACGGACAGUUUAGCAGUUUUGAAAAUUGUUGAGCAUGAUGAUGAAGAAAACUGGCCAUUAGAAGAUGUGUCCUUUAAGAAAAGUAAUAAGAAGAUGUCCAGCAUACCCCUAAACAGUCAACAGACCUACACAAAAGAUGACUGUUCAUGUUACUAUAAUUAUGGGCAUGGAGAAAGUGGAAGCAAUCGCCAACAGGACCCAAUAUAUCAAUAUAAAACUAGUAGCCUACCGGCUGCAUCUUCCAUAAAUCGAACUUGGGAUGAUAUAGUCUGCUCUGCUUUGAGGUUGACUCCGGAAGAUAUUGGGAAUCAGCUGACGCUACUUGAUUUGCCAAGUUUCAAGUCCAUCAAGCCCGAGGAGCUGACCACUUGCGGCUGGACUAAGUUGAACAAGUUGACUGCGGCACCAAAUGUUGUCGCUUUUACCAAACGAUUCAAUAGAGUAAGCUUCUGGACUGUUCAAGAAAUUUUAAAUGGGCAUUCACCGAAAGUGCGAGCAGAGAUAUUGGCCCAUUUCAUUAAAGUCGCCAAGAAGCUACACGAACUAAACAAUUUGCAUUCUCUUUUUGCUGUAAUUUCUGCCUUGAAUAGCGCUAGUAUAUACAGACUGACGAAAACCUGGGCCUGUUUACCAAAAAGAGAUAAGCAACAGUUUGAUAAAUUGGCGGAAUUGUUUGGAGAAAAGGAUAAUUGGACGGCGCUCAGAGAAUAUUUGAGAUCGAUAAAUUUGCCUUGCAUACCUUAUCUUGGUAUAUUUUUGACUGAUCUAGUAUACAUCGACAUCGCCCAUCCGGCUGGGUCUCCGCAUCGCAUUGCCAAGAUGAACGUGGUUCUUAAAGCUUUGGAAAAAUACCAAUCUUCGGAAUACGAUAUAACACCGCUGCCUCACGUGGCGAACUAUUUGAAUAGCGUCAGAUACAUAGAAGAGUUGCAGAAAUUUCUAGAAGACGAUCAGUAUAAAUUAUCUUUAAAAUUGGAGCCUGCAUCGCCCGUGGGCAGUUGUUCAGGGUCCAAAGAGUCUGUGAAGGAGGUGUUGCCGGCGGGCGCGUCGACGCCGUUCACAGUAUCUCCGUCGCACAAGCUCGGCUCGGGCUCGCUGCGGCUCCAGUCCGCGCACCAGGGCAAGUUCAUACCGACGCAUCGGAAGUGUCGCUCGCUAGGAUCCAAGUUUCGUAGUGCGAGUUUACCAAGAAAUUUUCACAAGGUCAAUUUUGGUGUGGGUAUAUUUGGGAAAAGUCAUGUGGACGACAAAAUGGAAGAGAAGACGCCUGCCGGGUCGGUGAACUUGCUCGACGACACGCUGCUAGAGUCGCCGAGCACGGUGGCUGGAUCCAAAAUGUCCAAAACGUUACCACACACAGAUGCAGCAAAGGCUUUUUCCAUACAGUGCGAUUUCCAAGGAUUUGUAAGAAGAAAAACUAUACUCAAAGAAGGAAGGAAAGUAUCGCUUUCAUCGUGGCAACGAUAUUGGCUUCUAAUAUCGAGCAAUAUGCUUUUGUUUUAUGCAGCUAAAUCUUUUAAAGGGAGCAGUCGCAGCGACUUCCGCACGGAGCAAUGCAAGGUGUUAUUGCUGGAUGGCUGGAUCGCCCAGUGGGCUGACGGCGACGCCGCGGACACCUUCCAGCUCAUCAACCAUCAGGCCAGCACCAUCUAUAAGUUCAAAACUGGUUCGGAGUCAGCGGCGAAACAAUGGGUCACAAAAAUCGAGGAAAUUACGAACAAAAUAGUGAAGCCGCUUCCCGCCAAUUUAAUGUCUUUUGAAUAAUUUCCAUCUGAGAAUCACGGUACGGUAAUACUUCCUACAGCGCUCGCCUCCGACAGUGGGCGGUGGUGUGUUUGGAUAUUUUGUGUGAUGUGAAGAGCUGAGUCUACUGUUAAAUCUGAAGGAAUAAUCUCAAAUAAUACUAAAAAUGAAUCUUUGCUUUUAGUAUAUAUUUCACAUUAUUUUACAAAUUUACAUUGAUUAGUUAUUAAGAAGGAACUGUAAGUUGAAUCAAUAAGGCAGGCUGAACUGCUUUUAUAGUCCUUGGUUUACUUUUGGCCACGCGAAUUGAUUUUGAAGGGUAAUUAGUUUUACACGAGAUAAAAAUGCGAGAAUACUACGCGUGUGGUCACCCUUUUUGAAUAAAUCGCGUCUAUUUUGGUGCCAUUCGCUGGCAGUCGUACGCUAUCGUCGGGAACGAUAGAAAAUUGGUACUAUAUGUGAACCUUUUAAACAAUCUGAUUCCAUUAUAGUACAUACUAAUUGUGAUCUGGUUAUAAUUUCUAGAACAAAUCUCAUAGUCAUACUAAAUUAUGGAAUGUUACAUAUUAUUAGAUCUCGUUAUUAUCCGCACUCGCGUAUAGUUCACUCGAACAUGACACUUUGUAUGCAGUUAGCUCAUACAUUAUUGAACUUUAAUUAUAAGUGAUAAGGUAUGUAAUAAAAGGCACAUCAAGAAGCGAAUACAAACAUUGUCUAUCAAUAAUAUCGUUUGUGUUCAUUUUUGAUAAUGUUAAGCAAUUUAAGCAACGAAAUACUAUUUUAUAGUGUUCUAUAUUUUGUAAGUGCGGCUUAGCAGUUGUAUUGCUUAAAGCUUUGUUAUUCGUCUUUAGGUUUCGAUGCACGUCAGUAAUAAAAUGUAUGUUUAAAUAUCAUCUUUAUGAUAUAGCGUGUGAGGCUUUGUGCUCAUUAACAAUAAUUUCCACUGUGAAAAUGAAAUAUAUUUUGUUACAAAUGAAAUGAUUAUGCAAACAUGGAUUUGUUCAUUCUAAAGCUAGCUUGACUAUUUUAGAAGCACAUAUUGUACAUAUCGAGGAUGUGCACACAUGUUAAUAAGGUUGGGUCCGUAGUCUUGCCGGAUAUAUUGCUGACCGGUUUAAUUGUAACAUAGACUGUCAUUGCUAUGUAGUAUCAAUGUCCAGUUAGUAAUUACGUUAACUAUUAGAUCUAUUUUAGAUUCGAAACUGUUGCCACGUAGACAUGUAUACAGUUUUUGUGUAUGUUCAAACGGGUCGGCUCAUAUGGGGUGUUACCACUGCCGCAUAGAAGACCGGAAUGGCAGUGAAGCACGCCGUACUGCUACACCUGUCCCCCUUCCCCUGGUUCCCCAUAAAAGUCGGCAACGCAUAAAUAGGCGGUAGUGGUGACCCCUGGCGGCUCACUUUGUAGCAAGUGGCUUAUUUUCUUCUAAAAAUAGUAGUAAUUGCGUAAGUUCACAUAGACGGUGCUUAUGAGGCGCAGACAAAUGCGUAGUUAAUAUAGGAUCACAACACUUACUCAUAGCUCUCUAAUAGUAAUAGUUUGGUAUUAUGAUUGUAAGGAAUGUAAGACCGUUGAGUUAGGAUGAGUUCUUGGACAUGAAAGUCAUAUUAAAAGUAUAUGCUUAGUGUGGUGCUAUGACAUAUUGUGUAUAAUAAUGCUUAGUUCGUAACAGUAAGAGCACGUGAUAUUAAAUAGUAAGCAAAGAGGACAUUAAGUACAUUUCGAUAUAUAAACAAUGCUCAUUACGUGUUAUGGUCGGCCGGUUUGUGUGUUUGUAGUCAAUAGAUUUUUUUUAUCGACAUAGCUACCUAUGACAUUGUAAGUACAACGCGACUAUUCUUUACCAAUAUGUUGUUAUUCAAUAUAACUAAUCAGUCUAGUCCCAGUUUUUGUGAUGUCAAUUAAUUUGAAAGUCAAAGAGAAAACAGAUUAUGAUAAUCACUCAUUAAAGAUGUUUAUUGGUAUGCACCAUAAUUUAUAAAUUAAUUAUUUCCUAUUAAAAGCACGAAAUAAACUAACAAAAUAUAGGUACAAAAAUGACCUACUGUUAAAAUAAAUUUCCAUCUGAAAAAAGUUUAUACUUAUAUAAAAAUUAUUGAAAUGUUGGUUCAGGGUGUUGAUGGCGACAUAUGUAUGUAACUCGGCAAAAUCAAAAUGAUUACGAACGGUUUGUCAAUUUUUAUCCUCUAUGCAGUUCUUGCGAAACUUAAUUUAAGGUAUAUUAUCAUUAAUAAUGUUUUGUACAAGGAGUAUGUCUACUGCGCAAAAGAUACAGAUGGUCAUAUAUAAGGGUAAAGUUAACGUUUGUGACGUCAUAUUGCUCGGUCGGUUAAAAUAGUUUUUCAAUGACGAUUAGUGUAACUUUUGUGCCAUCACCUUCUAGUGUUACUUUCAUAACGCAUCUGACGAUACCACAUUAGUCGUAAUAAGCUGUCAACCCACUCCGUUUACACUGAGCGAUAUUAAGAUGUGUGCAGUUUCUACAGGAAAUAGAUUUUCAUAAAUUUCACCUAAGUGUUCACAGUACUUAACGGACUCAUGCGCAGAUUUUAUGAUUAUAGAAUGUAGAGCCACCGAUUUACACAGUGCAUUAUCUGUCGGUUAGUUUAAGAAUUAAGUAAAUUGACGGAGCGAGCAAGUCUCUCGCCUCUCUCGAAGCUAUCGGCUUGUUCAUAAAAACACGGCACGCAACUUUCCAUUACAAACCAUAUUGCACAUCACAUAUAACGUAAAUUUUCAUUGAGAUUAGAUAUUAAGUUCCAUAAUCUCCUUAAAUUUACUGUAAGUUGUAACGCUACAGCAAACGGUGAAAUUUUUUCUAAAGGCAAAUUUAAAGUUGAACAAA